AUGCCAGACAUAGAGGAGGAGGAUCUGCUUAUCCAGUGUGAUACAUUUGAAGAGUUCAAGAUCGAAGAUGAUGAGGAAUUAUUAAAGAUAUGUGAUGGGAUAAACAUGAAUGAUCACCAUGAGGUGUUUUCAUCUCUCUUCAAUAAAGUGAGCCGCUCCCCAGUCUCCAUCCAGCUGCUGUCUAUCCUGCAGAGCUUGCUCCACUUGGAACCAUCCCACCACUCCAGCCUCCUGCUGUGGGAGUCCUUGGAUGCUGUAGUGAACAGAGCCCUUUUGCUCGCCAAUGACAUCCAAGGAAACACAGUUGAAGAAGUAAUUGAGAGGCUGUUAUCUAUCAAGAAACAUCCAAACAAGCAAAAAAGAGCUGAAAAACGUCUUUCUGGGAAUGCAAAUGAAGGCAUCCAAUCUGAACUAGAACCAUGCACAAGUGCAGUUCAGAGCCUGGUGGGAUCACCAAACCCCUCCAAAGCACCAGCAACUCCCUCAGGGGCACAAGCCUGUGAAGAGAAGAACUCGUCCUCACAACUCUCAGCCUGCUUCACCUCACCACAGACCUCUAACCCUCCACCCAACGCUGCUCCUGCCCCACCACCCCCACCGCCUCCACCCCCACUGCCUCCACCCUUGCCCUCUAGCCCAGCAGCCAUGCCCCCCACAGCCUCCAUGAAUUCGCCACCAGCCCCACCGCUCCCUGGCAUCCCUCCUCCUCCACCCCCAUUGCCUGGCAUGGCAGUCAUCCCUCCUCCUCCACCCCCAUUGCCUGGCAUGGCAGUCAUCCCUCCUCCUCCACCCCCAUUGCCUGGAAUGGGGGGCAUCCCUCCUCCACCCCCAUUACCUGGCAUGGGGGGCAUCCCUCCUCCACCCCCAUUGCCUGGCAUGGGGGGCAUCCCACCUCCACCCCCAUUACCUGGCAUNGGCAUCCCACCUCCACCCCCAUUACCUGGCAUGGGGGGCAUCCCUCCUCCACCCCCAUUGCCUGGCAUGGGGGGCAUCCCACCUCCACCCCCAUUGCCUGGCAUGGGGGGUAUUCCACCUCCACCCCCAUUGCCUGACUUGGGGGGAAUCCCACCACCUCCCCCGCUGCCUGGCAUGGGGGGCAUUCCACCACCACCCCCACUGUCUGGCAUGGGAGGCAUUCCACCCCCUCCACCGCCAUUGCCUGGCAUAGCAGGAGAUCACAUAGAAGCUGUUGUGGCCUCCCAGUUCAGCUGCCCUCUCGGCUCCAUCAGGCCUCCGUGCAAGGCAGUGAAGACACCAACAUUGAGAAUGAAGAAGCUAAACUGGCAGAAGCUGCCCUCCAACGUGGUGAGAGAAAGUCACUCCAUGUGGGCUUCUGUGAGCAGCAGCAGUGAGGAAACCAUAGAGCCCAAUUACACAAGCAUAGAGCAGCUGUUUUGCUUUCCACAACCAACCCCAAAGGAGAAAACGGCCGCACCAGUGAAGGCAGAGCCGAAGGAGAUCACGUUUUUGGACUCCAAGAAAAGUCUCAAUUUGAACAUAUUUUUGAAGCAAUUUAAAUGCUCCAAUGAAGAGGUGGCUGCCAUGGUCCAGAAUGGGGAUCGAACCAAGUUUGAUGUUGAAGUUCUAAAGCAACUGCUGAAGCUGCUGCCUGAAAAACAUGAGAUAGAAAAUCUGAAGGCCUUCAAAGAAGAGAAGUCGAAGCUAGCAAACGCAGAUCAGUUUUAUCUUCUUCUCCUUCAGAUUCCCAGCUACCAGCUACGGAUUGAAUGUAUGCUGAUCUGCGAAGAGACUACUGUUGUGCUGGACAUGAUUCAGCCAAAAGCUGAAACCAUCCGGAAAGCAUGCGAAGAUCUUCUGACCAGUCAUCGUCUGCCGCUCUUUUGUAAACUGAUUCUCAAAGUUGGAAACUUUCUGAACUACGGAAGUCACACAGGCGAUGCUGAUGGGUUUAAAAUCAGCACUUUACUCAAACUAACAGAAACCAAAGCAAACCAAACCCGCAUUACGCUGCUCCACCAUAUUCUGGAGGAAGUAGAAAACAGCCACACGGACCUACUGGAACUGCCAGAGGAUCUUGAAUAUGUUUCAAAAGCAGCAGGAAUUAAUCUUGAUAUUAUACGCUCGGAGUCCAGUGCCAAUUUAAAAAAGCUGCUGGAGCUCCAGCGAAAGGUCUCAUCAGCAAACGACGAUGUGAAACAACAGUAUGAGAAACCCAUCCAGGAUAGCAUUGAUACCUCCAGAAAACUGGAAGAAGAUUUUGAAACCAUUGACAGGAAGAGAGAAGAACUUGCAAACUAUCUCUGUGAAGACCCAAGCAAGUUGUCCUUAGAGGAUGUAUUUAGCACCAUGAAGACCUUCAGAGAUCUCUUCAUCCGAGCCCUGAAGGUUAUUAAGAAGGGGUUGGUGAAGCAGGAGGAUGUUUGCGUCAUUGAUGCACUGCUGGCUGACAUAAGGAAAGGAUUCACGCUGAGAAAGACGAAGAACAGACACGAGUCGGAUGCACUUCCUAAAACCUUGCCUGUGGAGAUCCCAGAGGAGAGCCGGUCUGGGAAGAGCAUUAAGGAUCCACAAGGAGGAGGACAGCAGAUGGAUGAUAAAGCCAAGCAAAACAACGGUCAUCCAUCAGAAAGCACUCUCUCCUUGGCUGCUGCCCUUCCAGAGAUGGGUAGAGAUGCUGGAGAUGCCUCAGCUCCAAACCAGGCAUUACCUGAAAAUAAUGCUGGAGGAAAUUUGCCACCAGGGUCUAGGACAGAAGGCCCCUUGGUAAACUUAGUUGAAGCUGAUGGAGCUGGGCAGGGUGCUGGGAUGGCAAGCCUCCAGCCAGGCUUGGGAAGUGGUGCCAUUUCCUUCUCUGCUGCCAACAUAGGUGCCAAUAUAAAGUUUGUGAGCAGCAGCUCUGGUGCUGCUCUGAGAGACCAGCUUAAUGGGUCCAUCUCAGAAGAGCAGGACAACGAACGCCCAGGUGAUGGCUUGGAGAGCUGCAGACUGGCUCAGGACACCCAGCUGAGCCAGAAUGGAGGCAAUCCCAGCGGCACUUCAUCCACUCCCUGUGAUGGUGCUCAUCAGGCUGAGUUGAAAGAGAUGGCAAAGGAAAACGAAGACCCUGGUACAGACUCGCUGUUGGACACUUCCCAAGAGAAAUCCUUCUCGGAGGAGCCAGCCACCGACUCUUCUUGUUCGGCAACACUGCCUCCAGGGGAAACACACACUGACAGGGAAAAGCAGAGGACAUCUGGGAAACGGAGAAAGAAGAAGAGGCACAGCAAAAGCUACUCAGGUAGCCUAUAUAGCCCUCGCGCACUGAUUUAA